AUGAAUCCUAAUCGAGCGACAAGUUGGGAAGACCUACGUGGUCAUGCACAAGGUCUAUGGGCAGACGUUGCUGGCAAACAUAUCGUUUUCAAUCUUCCUUCGAAAAGUGUACUCCAUUUGGAUAGUGCUCAAUUAGAUCAAGUUCUUCAUUUCUGGGAUGGCUUAAUACUGACUCAUCAUGAAUUACGAGGUACUACAUCAGUUCGCCGAGAACGUAUCGUAUGUGACCAACAACCAUCGGCUGGCUACAUGCAUAGUGGCUAUCCAAUUGUCACUCAUAUGGACGUAUCUGAUCCGAAGAAUGAAGGAUUUUUAUUUAAUAUUGAUAUUCUAAAAAAGAAAGGCGCUUGGGGUCUUUUUCACGAAAUCGGUCAUAACAUGCAACGUACUUGGUGGACUUUUGAUGGUACAGGUGAAGUAACCACGAAUAUCUUCACUCUACAUGCCAUGGAUGCUAUUUGUCAUCUUCAACCAUGGAUUCAUUCGUGGCUCCAGGAUAACGUAAAAAGGGCGCGCGAGUAUAUACAAAGCGGAUCAAAUUUUGAUCAAUGGAAAACAAAUCCCGCAGUAGCUCUCUUUAUCUAUGCACAACUAGCACGAGAGUUUGGUUGGAGCAGCUACAAGGCCGUCUUCCGUCAGUAUGAACAAACUCAACCGAAUUUGACAAGUAAUCAAGAGAAAAUAGAUCGCUGGAUCACCACCUUCUCGCAUCAGGUCGGCUAUAAUUUGGUUCCACUUUUCAAAUUCUGGGGUUUUCCAAUUUCACAAUCAACUAUUGAUAGCCUUCACGACCUGCCAAUUCAACAAAUCUCUGAUGAAUUCAUUCAAAUAGCACCUGAACGCUAUAAAGUCUAA